AUGUUUAAUUUAUUUAGAAAAUGGACUUUAAGCUUUUAUGACCCUUCUCUUGAAUUUCAAUUUCAAGAAAAAUUUAAUGUUUAAAGGCUAUAUUUCUUCAGAUCUUCACUUGCACUUGGCUUUUUCGUGCUCUUUAUUUCUAUGCUGGUAUUCAUUAUUUAAGAUGCCUAAAUACAUAUCAUAAUCCUAAUUGCUAUUUUCACGAUAGCUUAGAUAGUCUUGCUCUUUUUUAGCAGAUAAUUGUAACCCUAUUUGAAGAAUAUAUUUACUUUGAUGUUUGUUUCAUAUGUAGCUGGUGGAGUGUUAGUCACUUAUGCCAAAGAUAAUGUGUAAAUAAUAUUGUAAUUUAGGCCCUUAUAUAAUUACGGAUAUUCAUGUUCUCUCUUAUUUUCGACGCUCCUCUAAUACUGCGAUUUUAAACAUAAGGCUUUAUUCAUCUUCUCAAGUUCUUACAUAGGUUUGGGGUUAUUUGUUGAAUUUUCAGUUGAUUAACUACCAUAUAUUGUAUUUAGCAUAUUGAUGACCUUUAUUUAAGGAAUAAUGACAUAUUUAUUUGAAUAUACAUUAAGAUAAGAAUUCACAUAAUAAAUUACAAUAAAAUCUUAAUAGUAUUAUAAUUUAUUACUAUUAGAUCAAUCAUUUAUGAGUUCGUUUAAGAUCCAUUAUUUGCAAUAAGUUUCAACAAGAAAAUAAAUAGUUUUGUACUGGAAUUUAUAAAUAAAACUUUUGAGUCUUCAUUUUAAAAGGAAUAUCAUGGAAACUAAUUUAAGGAGUUUUUGAGAACUUAUACGAUCGGAACAAAUACAUGUGAUAAUUCAAAUAGCAUAGGUUUGAAUAAACAGAGUCAUAAGUAAUUAAAUUUAGAAGAAUACUUAUUUGAUUUAAUAAAUAACUAAAAAUUAGGAUAAGAUCAGAAUAACAUAUGUAUCUAAGCUAUUGGGGAUGAAGGGACGCUGAAUAUUGAAAUUGCAAGAGUUUAGUACCAAAGAUCUAUAUUAAUAUUAAUUAUACGAAAAAACUAAGUCAAGUUGUAGAUAGAAAAAUAUGAAAAUAAUAUAAAAGCCUUAAAGUAAAAGUUUUAAUAGGCACUUAUAUUGAUUGGAAGUACAUUAGAAGCUAAUUAUCUAUAAUUAAAUAAACUAGAAAAGAAUUUAGACAUUCAUAAUAAAGCAUUGAGAAAAUAAUAUUGCAAUAUUGAAUUUUUGUUAAAUUUCAUAAAGAAUCAUCUAGUGUAUUUGUAAAAAGGAAGGAUGUCUUUUUUAAAAUAGUAAAUUGAAUAAUUGACAAUUAAUAAAUUGAAUAGGGCAUUGUCUAAUUACUUUAUUCAUUAUUGUUAAUAGAAUUCAAAAAAGUUUGACUUAGAUUGUCCAGUUGAUGUAGAAAAGCAAAUAAUUUAUUUAAAUGCUAAAUUAUUAACUUAACUAUUAAUUAAUUGUUUUAAUAAGAUUAUAAGGAUCUCUGAAUCUCAUAGUGUUAUAUAAAUGAAAAUAAAACAAAAAGUAGAAAAACAUUUAAAUUUUAUUAGAGACUUAAACCUCAUAUAAUUUUCUUAUAUUUUUGAGCACAAAAAUCAAAUUGACAAGAUGGAUUCUUAAUUUUAUCAAUAAAUUGAUCCAAAUUCUUUGGAUCCACCUGAAAUAGAAUGCAUUGUAAACUAAAUCAUUUUGAAUAUUCUCAGCCCCUUAAAUAUUAUCUAAGUCCAAUCAAUUUUUUAAGAGAAUUAAUAAAAUUAUAAAACAACAUUGUAAUUUUUGAUCUAUACUGAUUAAACUCAAUUGGACCCAUCUUAUACUAAAUAUAUUUAAAACUCAAAUUGA